ACUCAUGGAAAUGCUUAGUACAAGUGCCUGAAUGUGCACACCGAUACAACUUAGUAAUAUGAACUUAUUGCCAAGUGGAAUAUGUUUUUAUUUAUCUGUAGCAAUCUGCUGGCUAACGUCAAGGGUCGACGGAUCUUGGUGGUGAGUAGACUCAAAAAUGUGAACAUAGCACCAACCACUAAUGCAUAAAGUUAAUAGUGUAAAGUUAAUAGAAAAUAUAUUAAAUAUUAUGCAGUGAUUAUAGGCUAUAGGAAAAAUAAGUAUAGCCUACACAAUGAAGUCUUUACUUUAUAGUAGGCUAAUAGGCAAGGACUGCGUGAGACUACAUGUGAUGUGACUUUGGACACAUAUAGGCUAUGAUCUGUGUUUAAACGAUUGUUUUAAUUAAACUAGUUGAAUCAUUGUCAAAAAUUGAUAAUACGUUUGUGUGUAAAAUAAUAUAAUAUAUCCCCCAAUAACGUUAGACAUGCAUGCAUGUUUCUUUAAUUUGGACACAUUUUAUGGGGCAGAUUAUUUUUUUAUUCCUUUAUUCGAGUGUUGUAGAAGCCUACUUUUUCCCAUUCUUUUUUUAAUAACCCAUCAUUGCCUCAUGGACAUUAAAACAGAUUACAUUUGCAUUACAUCUGCAUGGUCCAAGCCAAAACCUAAUCUUUCUUUGCAGGUACAUGGGUACCCUUGGGUCGCAAGUGAUGUGCGACAACAUCCCAGGGUUGGUCAACAAACAGCGGCAUCUGUGCCGCCAGCAUCCCAACAUUAUGCAGGCGAUCGGAGCCGGGUUUAAAGGCUGGAUCGGAGAGUGCCAACAUCAGUUUCAGAACCACCGCUGGAACUGCAAUACCAUAGCGAGAGACCACAAUGUGUUCGGACGCCUACUGCUGCGUAGUAAGUAUUGAGAGAGAGAGAGAAAAUAGGCCCUACUUUAAAAAUAAGUAUUUAAGAUAUUUAAUUUAUCCCGCGCAGACGUAGGUCUAAGGUUUAUAUGAAGCAAAUAUAUAUUUUCUGACUGAAAUAUGGGUAUGAACAUGUUAUGACAGAUAAAUUGCGCAGCUAAUAAUAGCAGCUAUUAAAUUACCAUGUGUAAAAUAGAUCAGGGGUUUUAAAACUCGUGUCAGGAGCCAAUGCUAACCAGCAUUAGCACAAUGACUUGAAGUCCCAAUUUGUAAGUCGCUCUGGAUAAGAGCGUCUGCUAAAUGACGUAAAUGUAAAUGUAAAUGUAAGUCUAUAGGAACAGUUAGCAUGCUAGUUCCUGUUUAUCCAACUCUGGGGAAACAUUUGUAAUUUUCAGGAUGGAGAAAUAGUUUCAGUGUCAACUUAAACGACCAAAAGCAAAUUGAAAGCAUGCAGGAAAAAUAUUGAACUAUAUAUAUUUUUUUGAAUAAUACCAUCUUUGAGAACUAACAAUCAAAUAAAAGCAAGACAGGGAGAAUCAACAUUUCCAAAAACCGGGCAUUCAGGGCACAUGCCCAUUGAUUUUGUUAUGUUUGAGUAGAGGAACACCGCAUUAGCCAUGCCAAACUGUGAAGAAUUGCUGGAAAUUUGCUUCAAAUCUGCUACAUUUUCUAUAAGCUCAAUGGAAAGAUCUGUAGAAUUGCAGAAAAUUAGCUUUACAACAGCACAUUUCCUCUCGGCAGCCAAGAUACCUUUCUAGCUAAUAGGCUGUGUUAGAGUUUACACUUCCUCUUCCAGUGAACUGUGGGGAGCUCAAAAUAAUGAAACUGUCUACCAAAUCUUUUAAUUAAAAAAAAAAUUACUUCUACUUUCCAUUAUCAUUCACCUGAUGAUAAGACAAGACAUUACCUUUUGACAUGGCAUAUGAUGGGGGUCCUUGGGUCAAGACAUUACUUUUUGACAUGGCAUAUGAUGGGGAUCCUUGGGUCGCCGGUUUGUCUGGGCGGGGGUCCCUUGGCAAGAAAAGUCUGAAAACCACUGAAAUAUGCUGGGUUAUGUUUAUAUUGUGUGCUGGGAAAGUGAUAUAGGCUACUCAUCCUCAUUUACAAGACACGCACGUCUGUACGAUAGGCUUGUAAAUGGUGAUCUUAUCAUUCACAUCUGCUAUAGACUAUAGGCUCCGAGAUCAAUGGCAAAAUGGUAUGCGCUUUUUCUCCAACCAAUUAUUCACAGUGGUGAACCUAUAAAGUUAUUCUAGCGUUUAUCAAAGUGAAAGAAUUUGUGUGAAAUACAUGUUCUUCCUUGACAGAUGUUUCCCCCCCGUGCUUGCAUUGCAUUCCAUGCAUUGUCUCACUUUACUGUCAUACAUUUAUCAAGUUGACGCAAGUGCUUGCUGCUGCUCUGAUCGGUAUCUGAUCCAAUGCGCUGCAUGCUUUUAAAACUGCCACACCUGACGAAUGUGGGGAGUCAAGAAUAAGAAAGUGUCACCUCCCAUCUCGUCACCUGACCAGCUAUGGAUAUAUUAGUCCUACUAAUUACUUCUCUUAACUUUGGAAUCUCUUUUUCAUUGGUAUAAAUCUGAGGAUCCACUCUAGACCUUGGGGUGGUCAUAUAAAUUGAAUUGGUAAUUCUAUUGGGCAUCAUGUCCCAGUCCUCCUGCUCCUAAAUGGGCCCUAAAUGAAUCUGAGGCGGAACUUUAAGGGCCAGUUUUCCGGACAUACAGUGGGGAAAAAAAGUAUUUAGUCAGCCACCAAUUGUGCAAGUUCUCCCACUUAAAAAGAUGAGAGAGGCCUUUAAUUUUCAUCAUAGGUACACGUCAACUAUGACAGACAAAUUGAGAUUUUUUCUCUCCAGAAAAUCACAUUGUAGGAUUUUUAAUGAAUUUAUUUGCAAAUUAUGGUGGAAAAUAAGUAUUUGGUCACCUACAAACAAGCAAGAUUUCUGGCUCUCACAGACCUGUAACUUCUUCUUUAAGAGGCUCCUCUGUCCUCCACUCGUUACCUGUAUUAAUGGCACCUGUUUGAACUUGUUAUCAGUAUAAAAGACACCUGUCCACAACCUCAAACAGUCACACUCCAAACUCCACUAUGGCCAAGACCAAAGAGCUGUCAAAGGACACCAGAAACAAAAUUGUAGACCUGCACCAGGCUGGGAAGACUGAAUCUGCAAUAGGUAAGCAGCUUGGUUUGAAGAAAUCAACUGUGGGAGCAAUUAUUAGGAAAUGGAAGACAUACAAGACCACUGAUAAUCUCCCUCGAUCUGGGGCUCCACACAAGAUCUCACCCCGUGGGGUCAAAAUGAUCACAAGAACGGUGAGCAAAAAUCCCAGAACCACACGGGGGGACCUAGUGAAUGACCUGCAGAGAGCUGGGACCAAAGUAACAAAGCCUACCAUCAGUAACACACUACACCGCCAGGGACUCAAAUCCUGCAGUGCCAGACGUGUCCCCCUUCUUAAGCCAGUACAUGUCCAGGCCCGUCUGAAGUUUGCUAGUGUGCAUUUGGAUGAUCCAGAAGAGGAUUGGGAGAAUGUCAUAUGGUCAGAUGAAACCAAAAUAUAACUUUUUGGUAAAAACUCAACUCGUCGUGUUUGGAGGACAAAGAAUGCUGAGUUGCAUCCAAAGAACACCAUACCUACUGUGAAGCAUGGGGGUGGAAACAUCAUGCUUUGGGGCUGUUUUUCUGCAAAGGGACCAGGACGACUGAUCCGUGUAAAGGAAAGAAUGAAUGGGGCCAUGUAUCGUGAGAUUUUGAGUGAAAACCUCCUUCCAUCAGCAAGGGCAUUGAAGAUGAAAUGUGGCUGGGUCUUUCAGCAUGACAAUGAUCCCAAACACACCGCCCGGGCAACGAAGGAGUGGCUUCGUAAGAAGCAUUUCAAGGUCCUGGAGUGGCCUAGCCAGUCUCCAGAUCUCAACCCCAUAGAAAACCUUUGGAGGGAGUUGAAAGUCUGUGUUGCCCAAGUCUGUGUUGCCCAGCGACAGCCCCAAAACAUCACUGCUCUAGAGGAGAUCUGCAUGGAGGAAUGGGCUAAAAUACCAGCAACAGUGUGUGAAAACCUUGUGAAGACUUACAGAAAACAUUUGACCUGUGUCAUUGCCAGCAAAGGGUAUAUAACAAAGUAUUGAGAAACUUUUGUUAUUGACCAAAUACUUAUUUUCCACCAUAAUUUGCAAAUAAAUUCAUUAAAACUCCUACAAUGUGAUUUUCUGGAUUUUUUUUUCUCAUUUUGUCUGUCAUAGUUGACGUGUACCUAUGAUGACAAUUACAGGCCUCUCUCAUCUUUUUAAGUGGGAGAACUUGCACAAUUGGUGGCUGACUAAAUACUUUUUUUCCCCACUGUACAUUAAGACUAGCCCUGGACUAAGAAGCAUGCUCAAUGGAGAUUUAUCAUUGAAAGUAUUUUUUAGUUCAGGACAAGGCUUAAUAUGUGUCAGGGCAACCGGCCCUGAGAGGUCCAUGUAAUCUGGUUAUUUAAUUGGCCCUGUGGUAUUCGGACCUCCCAAGCGCGGCUCUGGUUGUGUCACACGACAUUAGGAAGCUGCUCUGAUUGGCGGCAUUAUCGCUGUGGCACCGUGAGAGCUACUUAUUGUCAAUGUCUGAACGCUAAUUUAAAACAAUUACUGGGUUUUCUUUUUGGUUUCAUGUUCCCAUCGUUUGGUUGGUUUAUCAUCCCUAUUAACCGUGUUAAAGACACUCACCCACAGAAGAGCAGAAGUUGGAUGUUUCCUGACUGGACACCCACACGCACACACUCGCACGCACACACACCCUUCUUGUCAUUUAUGGCCUUUGAUCCCACAGAUCUCUCAUCAGUUACAAGAGCAGUCAGGUCAUACGGGUCCUUUAUCACAGAACAUUGCUGGGAAAUGUUACCUGUUUAUCCAUCUCAGAGUUAGAUGACGCAAAACACUGCCAUGCAUGAAAUAAAAGACUUGAAACGAAAGCAGCAACAGAUAGUAUUCAUGCAGGUACAGCAACAGCAGCAGUAACCAAUAGCUCUUUGUGUUUUGUGUUGAAGCUCCAAUGAAGAUCCUAUUUGAACUGUGACACCCCUAGUGAGAUUAUGGAAAUACAUAACUUUUCCGUACUGCACGAUUACUGUAGAUUUUCUAUGCAUCUUUAUGGGAUUACUAGAUGUAUACAAUUUAUAUCUGCAUAUUUGUGUAACUUCUAAGUGUGUACAAUGAGCAAAUGUGUGCUUUUGUGCAUUUGAGCCUUGGCCCGUGGGUAUGCCUAAUACUUGUGUCCAUGUAAUUUAUACCAUCUGGUGUGUAUGCUGUUUCAAGCGUGUGUGUAGUGUGUGUGUAGUGUGUGCUUAGCCUCCCCCUAUUCCCCAGGCAGUAAAACAUACCACUCGUGUAUACUGUUACCUGUGUUUGUGUGUCCCCGUCCAUCCUGUCACACCACUAAUGCUCAUCCAGUACCCUUCUCUCCCUCUCUUCCAGGCAGUCGUGAAGCAGCCUUUGUGUACGCCAUCUCCUCGGCCGGGGUGGUCCACACCCUGACCCGAGCCUGCAGCCAGGGAGAGCUGCAGUCGUGCUCCUGCGACCCCACCAAGAAGGGCUCGUCCCGGGACGCCAAGGGGGCGUUCGCCUGGGGCGGCUGCAGCGACCACGUGGAGCACGCCAUGAGGUUCAGCCAGGCCUUUGUAGACGCCAAAGAGCGGAAGGAGAGAGAUGCCAGGGCUCUGAUGAACCUUCACAACAACCGCGCCGGAAGGAAGGUGGGUUCAAAGUUCAUACACAUUGAGGGAUGGACCACAACCAACUGGAUCUAGAUCAGUGUUGAGAGGAAUCACCAGACGUUUUACAUAUUUUUUAUUGCCCUGAACUAUUCACACCUGAAUCAAGUAGUCAAACACUGAUCUAGAGGAAGUAUAUAGACGGUUGCCCAGUGCAGUUCCCUUACACACACAUACACACACACCCUAACGUCCUACCACCACUCUUCCACAAACCUGACACACACCUAGCCCCCUGACUUGCAUCUUCUCCCUCCUCAUCUCCCAGGCGGUGAAGCGGUUUAUGUCUCUGGAGUGUAAGUGUCACGGCGUGAGCGGCUCCUGCAGUGUCCGGACCUGCUGGCUGGCCCUGGCCGACUUCCGCCGCACGGGCGACCACCUGCGGCGCCGCUACAACGGGGCAGUGCAGGUGGUCAUGAACCAGUAUGGCACGGGCUUCACCACCGCACAGCAACACCUCAAACGGCCCAGCAAGAACGACCUGGUCUACUUCGAGGACUCGCCAGACUACUGCAUACGAGACCAAGAUUCCGGUGAGUCUGGUGAGGACCAGUCAACCGCACACAGUUUGUGACGUUCAGAUUUACUCCACAGUUCUCAAUGUUCAAAGCAGUUAUACAGUGGGGGAAAAAAGUAUUUAGUCAGCCACCAAUUGUGCAAGUUCUCCCACUUAAAAAGAUGAGAGAGGCCUGUAAUUUUCAUCAUAGGUACACGUCAACUAUGACAGACAAAUUGAGAUUUUUUCUCUCCAGAAAAUCACAUUGUAGGAUUUUUUAUGAAUUUAUUUGCAAAUUAUGGUGGAAAAUAAGUAUUUGGUCACCUACAAACAUGCAAGAUUUCUGGCUCUCACAGACCUGUAACUUCUUCUUUAAGAGGCUCCUCUGUUCUCCACUCGUUACCUGUAUUAAUGGCACCUGUUUGAACUUGUUAUCAGUAUAAAAGACACCUGUCCACAACCUCAAACAGUCACACUCCAAAUUCCACUAUGGCCAAGACCAAAGAGCUGUCAAAGGACACCAGAAACAAAAUUGUAGAUCUGCACCAGGCUGGGAGGACUGAAUCUGCAAUAGGUAAGCAGCUUGGUUUGAAGAAAUCAACUGUGGGAGCAAUUAUUAGGAAAUGGAAGACAUACAAGACCACUGAUAAUCUCCCUCGAUCUGGGGCUCCACGCAAGAUCUCACCCCGUGGGGUCAAAAUGAUCACAAGAACGGUGAGCAAGAAUCCCAGAACCACACGGGGGGACCUAGUGAAUGACCUGCAGAGAGCUGGGACCAAAGUAACAAAGCCUACCAUCAGUAACACACUACACCGCCAGGGACUCAAAUCCUGCAGUGCCAGACGUGUCCCCCUGCUUAAGCCAGUACAUGUCCAGGCCCGUCUGAAGUUUGCUAGAGUGCAUUUGGAUGAUCCAGAAGAGGAUUGGGAGAAUGUCAUAUGGUCAGAUGAAACCAAAAUAUAACUUUUUGGUAAAAACUCAACUCGUCGUGUUUGGAGGACAAAGAAUGCUGAGUUGGAUCCAAAGAACACCAUACCUACUGUGAAGCAUGGGGGUGGAAACAUCAUGCUUUGGGGCUGUUUUUCUGCAAAGGGACCAGGACGACUGAUCCGUGUAAAGGAAAGAAUGAAUGGGGCCAUGUAUCGUCAGAUUUUGAGUGAAAACCUCCUUCCAUCAGCAAGGACAUUGAAGAUGAAACGUGGCUGGGUCUUUCAGCAUGACAAUGAUCCCAAACACACCGCCCGGGCAACGAAGGAGUGGCUUCGUAAGAAGCAUUUCAAGGUCCUGGAGUGGCCUAGCCAGUCUCCAGAUCUCAACCCCAUAGACAAUCUUUGGAGGGAGUUGAAAGUCCGUGUUGCCCAGCGACAGCCCCAAAACAUCACUGCUCUAGAGGAGAUCUGCAUGGAGGAAUGGGCCAAAAUACCAGCAACAGUGUGUGAAAACCUUGUGAAGACUUACAGAAAACAUUUGACCUGUGUCAUUGCCAACAAAGGGUAUAUAACAAAGUAUUGAGAAACUUUUGUUAUUGACCAAAUACUUAUUUUCCACCAUAAUUUGCAAAUAAAUUCAUAACAAAUCCUACAAUGUGAUUUUCUGGAUUUUUUCCCCUCAUUGUCUGUCAUAGUUGACGUGUACCUAUGAUGAAAAUUACAGGCCUCUCUCAUAUUUUUAAGUGGGAGAACUUGCACAAUUGGUGGCUGACUAAAUACUUUUUUCCCCCACUGUAUACACUGACAUUGGACAGACAGACAAGCAAGCAAAGAGACUGACUAGAAUAUGUAUGCUGUCUAUCUAUUUGACAUCUGACAUGACUGUCUGUAGAGCAGUCCACCAUACUACUUGUCCAUAAUAUCUUCAGAGGGUAACCGCUCAGUCUCUUGUACUUUAGGAUUAUUCUUCAAGCUGCACUGAAUAACACCAGAUGUAGAGUGCGUGUGUGAGUGAGUGCAAAAGAGAGAGAAUGUGUUUGUGUACGUGCGUGAGAGAGAGAGAAGAAAAGUGUGUGGGUGUGUGAGAGAUGGCAAAAAAAUAAAGUGUGUGUUUGACAGAGAGAGAAAGGGAGAAAAGUGUGUGUGUGUGAGAGAGCGAGAGAGAGAGAGAGAGAGAGGAAGAAAAGUGUGUGUGAUCCGGAAGACCUGGGUGCCUGUCAGGCAGUAGGUGAUCCAAGGUGAUCGGGUGUCGAACAGUUUAAGGGCCAUUACACACUUCUUUGGGCUGAAACCUGACCUGCCGCACACCGCUAUAAAUUACCACCUCUGGAGCACGCACACACACGGGCACACCAAUGGCACCUACACCUCUGCACGCUUGCCCAUUAAAGCUAACCACCCCUAAUGUAGAGCUGGGGGGCCUUUCUGAAGUUGCUUCCUCUCUUUGUCUCCUCUCCUUCAUUACGCUGACCUAAAGUCACAGGAUAGGUGAAGGUAAUCCGGUGAACAGGUCUUUCACGUCAGUGCGAGUGAAGGAAAGGAUAAAAGGAAAGGAAGCUGGUUUAGACUAUUGAGACGCACUCCAUCUUACAGUAGGCUACCUUCGCUGUUUUGAUGACUGUGUGAUGUACAGUUCUGUUUUGAAGUGUGUGUGUUUUGUCCUGUUUUGUACAGUACAGUUCCAGUGCAUGAAGGCCCUUUAUGGGCAAUGUACAUGUUAGCAUGGUGAGUUCACUGAUCAGGGCCCCUCUUGUGAGAACCUCUCUCCACAGACAUUAGCUCCAGUCAUCUGGGACAAUACACACACACACAAACAGACGGAUACACACACACACACACACACAGUGGAGACUGCACCCCCUUGUGCCUCUCCGAAGUGUGAAAUCAAUUUCCCUCGGCUGCAUGGAGACUCAGGUGCUAAACUCAUCUCUCGGCGCCCCCUCAUCUUAAUUCAAUAAGCAGACGCCAGGAGAGAAGAGAGAGAGAGGGAGCAAGAGCAGGAGAGGAGGAAGAGAGAGAAGAGAAGAGAGAGAGCGAGAGAGAAGAGGGGAGGAGUCUGUUUGUGACGUCACCCCUAGCAGUGCAGCAUACCAGGACUGAUGGAGGGGCGGACGCGUUGUCAGGAGAGGGUGGAGUCUCGCCGUGCCCAGACAUUACCUGGCUGCUCUCCCUCUUUCUAUCCCUCCCUCCCUCCCUCCUCCUCCUCAGUAGAGGAACAGAUGGUCAAACGGACAGAGAGGGAGGGAGAAAGAGAGCAGAGGGGCAUAGAAAUAGGCUGCCUAGAACAGACAUGAUCUGUUCCCAAUUCCAUAUCGACCACUAGCUAGCCCCUUUAAGUCAGGACAUUUACCUUCACCUGUCCAGGGGUUUCACCAUAAUGCAGAGGAAGGAGAUAAGGAAAGGAAGCUACUUUAGACUAUUGAGAUUCAUCCCAUUGAGGUUUGAGUUGAGGCCUCAAGAUUAAUAUUGACUAUUUAUUUAGCAGUUCAUCGUGUAACUGUAUUAUUGGCUGAUGUCUGGGAGUGAGUCCAUUAAGCCUGCCAGACACCCUUGCAGUGUCCUCAUUCUGAGAUGAUAGGUGCAAGCGUGUGUGUCAGUGAGACAGGAUGUGUGUGUAUGUGUAUGACAGCCGACAGGGUAAGUUUGCGCCAGUGAGAAUGUGUGUGUGCGCGCGCCAGCCAGGGUGUAUCCCAGCAGUAGAUAGACAGAAUGAAGGCACCUGUAAAAUGAACACCUGAUGAAGACCCUGAGCCCCAGCUGAUGGCUUCUAUCAUCAAUCUCUCAUCUCUCCUCCGCCGUCCUCUCUCCGUUCAUCCUCUUAUCCUUCCCUCUCCCCCCCCAUCCCAUCCCUUGCUUUCUCCCUCACUCACAGUCUGUGUCUCAGUUUAGAUUGAGUACUCUGUAUUCUAUUGGAAUGAUGUCAAUACCUGUAGGGUACUGGGGCUUAGACCGCUGUUUGCCAACAAUCACUUUAUUACGGCUAAACUCUGGCUUGCAGCUAGGUUGGUAGGAUUUUGAUUAAGUCUAUUUGGCGAGAUGUAAGCACAUUUGAAAAGGCUUGUAUGUGGGUCACAAGGUAAUAAAGCUUUAGGAAUUACUGACUCAAUAUACAGACAGAAUAUAUGUGUCUCUUAAUUUCUCUCUUCCUCUUCAGGUUCGGUGGGGACAGGCGGGCGGGUAUGCAACAGGACGUCUCGCGGCGUGGACAGCUGCGAGGUGAUGUGCUGCGGCCGGGGCUAUGACACGUCGCACAUCAGCCGCACCACCAAGUGUGAGUGCAAGUUCCACUGGUGCUGCGCUGUACACUGCCGGGACUGCAUCCUAGAGGUGGAUGUGCACACCUGCAAGGCCCAGACGUGACCAUAGUGAACCACCAUCCAACCGCUUGCGCAGAGUCUGUCUGAAAUGGCAGCCUAUUCCCUAUAUAGGGCACUACUUUUGACCAGAGCCCUAUGCGGGUCCUGGUCAAAAGUAGUGCACUAAAUAGGGAAUAGAAUGCAUUUCGGAUGUUUCACCAGAGUCAGUCUGACUUGCACCUGACUAAGAAGCAUCCCGGUUUGACGCCCCCUGUAG